AUGGCUAUUAAGAUUGGUAUUAACGGUUUCGGAAGAAUUGGACGUUUGGUCUUGAGGGUUGCUUUGCAAAGAAAGGACAUUGACGUUGUUGCCAUCAACGAUCCUUUUAUUGCACCCGACUAUGCUGCUUACAUGUUCAAGUACGACUCCACCCACGGUGCCUACCAAGGUGACGUUAAGGCCGAGGGCGACAAUUUGAUUAUUGACGGCCACAGCAUCAAGGUUUUCCAAUACAAGGACCCAGCCGAGAUUCCUUGGGGCAAGUCGGGCGUUGAGUACGUUAUCGAGUCUACUGGAGUCUUUACCAAGAUUGAAGGUGCCAAGAAGCACAUUGAAGCCGGCGCCAAGAAGGUUAUCAUUACUGCUCCUUCUGCCGAUGCUCCAAUGUUUGUUGUUGGUGUCAAUGAAGACAAGUACACUCCAGACUUGGACAUUAUCUCCAAUGCUUCGUGCACUACCAACUGUUUGGCUCCAUUGGCCAAGAUUGUCGACGACAAUUUCGGCAUCGAGGAAGGUUUGAUGACCACCGUCCACUCCAUGACUGCCACCCAAAAGACUGUGGACGGUCCAUCCCACAAGGACUGGAGAGGCGGAAGAACCGCUUCCGGCAACAUUAUCCCAUCCUCCACCGGUGCCGCCAAGGCUGUCGGUAAGGUUAUCCCAGACUUGAACGGCAAGUUGACUGGUAUGUCCUUGAGAGUCCCCACUGUUGACGUCUCGGUUGUCGACUUGACUGUCAGAUUGAAGAAGGCCACCACCUACGAAGAGAUUGCCAAGGCCAUCAAGAAGGCUUCCGAAACCUCGAUGAAGGGAAUUAUGGGCUACACCGAAGACGCUGUUGUCUCGACCGAUUUCUUGGGCUCUUCAUACUCGUCCAUCUUUGACGAAAAGGCUGGUAUCUUGUUGAGCCCAACUUUUGUCAAGUUGGUUUCAUGGUACGACAACGAGUUUGGUUACUCCACCCGUGUUGUGGACUUGUUGCAACACGUUGCCAAGGUCUCUGGUAGCAAAUAA